CUGCUCGGUGUCGACAUAGGCACCACCAAUGUAAAGGUGGUGCUGGUAGAAGAGGCCACUUUUAGCGUUCUCCACCAGCAGACCCGUCCUCUAGGUAGCCUCGAGCAUGUGGAGACCCCAGGCGCAGCGGAGAGGUCCGCUUCUCAGAUAUUCCAUGCCAUAGAAGAGUGUGUGUCGAGUCUGGAGGUGGAGAAUCACCAGAUGAUGGAGGACGUGAAAGCUAUUGGGGUGUGUGGACAGAUGCACGGGUGCAUCCUGUGGAAUUCUAAAAGAGGCACACUGUUCAACACAUCAACUGGAGCUCUCUGUGCUGAAAACACAGAGUGUAGCAAUCUUUUCACCUGGCAAGAUUCACGCUGCAAUACGAGCUUCAUCUCGUCCCUCCCAAAAAUGCCUUCUGGGGGAAACCCUCCCGUUAGUGCUGGUUAUGGAUGUGCAACACUAGCCUGGCUCCAGCGCCACAAUCCAGAGACACUGUCAAAGUACAACAGAGCAGGCACUAUCAUGGACGCAGUAGUGGGUGCCCUGUGCAGUGGAGGCAAGGAAGCAGUGGUGAUGUCAUCCCAAAAUGCCACCAGUUGGGGCUAUUUCAAUCUCUCUGCUAUGAAAUGGCACACAGAGCUAUUGGAGGAUUUGUUUCCGCUGGGAUUGCUGCCGAGCGUGGAAGAUGCACCUUACCUAGCUGGUCGGUUGAUGUCAGAGUGGCACCGUAUCCCCCGAGGAACCAAGAUCUCUGUGGCAAUGGGAGAUAUGCAGUGCUCCGUAUUCGCUGCCCAGCCAGAGCUCACAGAUGCAGUUCUAAACAUGGGCAGUGCCAGUCAACUGGUUCUGAUAGAGCCACUGAGGGCAGAAGAGACUCCAGAAAAGCUGCCUCCCCUCUCACUACCACACUCAGUGGUUCGAGUCCCCUACUUCAGCGGUAGCCAUCUGUUCGUUGCAGCUGCUCUUGGCGGUGGCGAUACAAUUGCUCUUUUCAUCAAAACUCUCCAGAGCUGGUUGGGAGAGCUUAUGGGGGCAACCCCAACCCUCGAAUUCGAAGAGGUGUACAAGAAAGUGAUGGAGUCAGCAGGCGAGAGACUGGAGACCCCACUGAAGAUGGACCCUCGCGUGUGGGGAGAGAGACACGCCCCCGAGGUACGAGGACGAGUGUGGAACGUUGGUCCUGAUGAUCUCACUCUCGGGGAUGUGGGGAGUGCAAUUGUCAGGGGACUCGUGGAAAACCUUCGUGAUAUGAUCUCACCUCACCUCCUGGAAUAUCAUCAGGUGGAGAGGGUGCUGGUCAGUGGGAAGCUGGUACAGAGCUACUCCGUGUUUCAAGAGCACAUCCAACGAGUCUUUGAGUUGCCUCUCGUCCUCAAGAAGGACGCAGACGCUCCCUUGGGUGCUGCCAUGGCAGCCGCACAACUAUAAAAACUCUGAUAAAAAAACGCAUCUUCAAAUCUAUAGCUAGAGGUGUGUCCUUAUGUUGAUACA